CGCCCACUUCCGGGUUGGCAGCGUCCCGUUGCCGUGGCAACCGCGCGCAUUUCCUGGCCGGAAGUGACGCGCCGGAAGCGGAAGAGGCGCCAUGAAGCUGCUGACCCACAACCUGCUGAGCUCCCACGUGCCGGGGCUGCGGCCCGGGGGCGGCUUCCCCCUGAGGAUCGAGGCCGCCGAGGUGCGGGAGCGCCCGGUGCCGUUCAACGCCGCCUUCGUGUCCCGCCUGGUGCCGCGGCUGCGCUGGGACGCGCUGAGGGAGGCGGCCGAGAGCUUGGGGCGCCCCUCGGAGCUGCCCCCCGAGCCCACCCCCGGCUACGAGGCCGACGAGGAAUUCCUGCGCCGCCUCCACCACGUCCUCCUCGAGGUGGAGGUGCUGGAGGGGUCCCUGCAGUGCCCGGACUCGGGGCGGCGCUUCCCCAUCUCCAGGGGGGUCCCAAAUCUGCUCCUGACCGAGGACGAAGCCUGAGGGGGGAGUUGGGACCCCCAAAUCCACUUGGGGGGGUCCCCAAAAUUUGGCUGAGCCCCUCCCCCCAAGGCUGGAUCGGCGGGAAAACCCCGAAUUCCCACGGUUUUACCCCAAAAACGGGGCUGGAAUUUCAGCGAUGUUGAAGCGGUGAUGGGCGUGGUUCGAGCCUCAUUUGCAUAUUGGGUGUGGCUCCUCCCUUUAUGCAAAUUAGGAAUUCGCUUAUUUGCAUUUUGAGCGGGAAUUGUUUUAUUUGCAUAACGGGAGAGGAAUUUUCCCUUUUUUUUUUUCUCCCAAAUUCUCUUUUCUUCUCCCUAAAUUUCUUCUUCCUUCCCAAACUUCCCAGUUUUGCCCUAAAUCCUUUUAUUUUCUUGGAAUGUCGCCAUUAUUUUUUCCCCAAAUCCUUCUUUUUAUCCCCAAAUCCUCUGACCUUACCCUCAGAUUCCUCUCCUUUGUCCCGCUCCCCUCCCUUGUCCCCCAAAAUCCGGAUUUCACCCCAAAAACUCAACUUUUUGCCUUCUUUUUUUAAUAUUUUCCCAUCAAAUCCUUUUUUGUGCCCUAACCCCCUUUUUUUUACCCAAACCUUUCCUUUCUCUUCCUUGUUUUUCCCAAAAUCCCAUCUCUUUCCCCCAUGUUCUACCGUGUUGGAUUUGUAAUUUUCCCCAUCAAUUUAAUAAAAACCAAUUUUAAUUUUGGGGUUUUUUGCCCGA